GAUAAUUUUUCCCCAGAGCUAAAUAAAAAGUAUUCGCUGAGCUAACAGACGAAACGGACGUUAGCAACAGACGUCAGCUACUGCUAACAAACUGACGCAGCUCAUUAACAAGCUAACAUGAACGCCGAAGCUCCGUUAAUGGAGGAAGAUGUACUGAAGUUCUGCUCACCAAAGCUGUGAGGAAUGAAAUCCCUGCAGGACUGUUGUUGACUGUAAAGACACUUUUUCCUGACGGAGACAAAUAAAUGACAUGUAAGUCAGGAGCUUUUCAGCAGAGCAUCGAGAUGAAGGAACAACUGGAUUGAAGGAUAAUGGCCGAUCUUUUCCAUGGACAGGACUCUGAUUGAAGGUGGAAGUUGGGUCACAGCAGCAGGAGGAGCCGUAACGAUGCGGGCAGCUGCAACUGUGCUGAGCGUUUUCCUCAGCUUGGACUUCCUGUCAGCUCAGUCCCAGUCAGACCGCAUGAACAGCAGCAGCGUUCAGACUGGUGAGACUGGGAGGAAGAAUCAGCCGCACAUCAUCUUCAUUCUGAUCGACGACCAAGGCUACAACGACAUCGGCUACCACAACCCCACCAUCAUAACCCCAACUCUGGACAAACUGGCAGCAGAGGGCGUGAUACUGGAGAACUACUACGUUCAACCGAUCUGCACGCCGUCACGCAGCCAGCUGAUGACCGGCAGAUAUCAGAUCCACACAGGAUUGCAGCACUCCAUCAUCAGACCCAGGCAGCCCAGCUGUUUGCCCUCACACAUGGACACGCUGCCCGAGAGGCUCCGCCAGGCCGGCUACGCCACACACAUGGUGGGCAAGUGGCACCUGGGCUUCUACAGGAAGGCCUGCCUGCCCACCAGAAAAGGUUUCGACUCUUUCUUUGGUUCAUUAACAGGAAGUGUGGAUUAUUACAGCUAUCGGUCCUGUGACGGCCCUGGCUUGUGUGGCUACGACCUGCAUGACAAUGAGAACGUCGCUUGGGGCCAGGAGGGAAAAUACUCCACGAUGCUGUUCACCCAGAGAGCCAGGAAGAUCCUGGAGAGCCGCAGCCCGGCGGACGGGCCGCUCUUCCUGCUGCUGUCCCUCCAGGCAGUUCACACUCCUCUGCAGCCUCCCAAGUCCUACAUCUACCCCUACCGCAACAUGGCUAACGUCGCCAGGCGCAAGUUCGCCGCCAUGGUUUCCACGGUGGACGAAGCCGUCCGAAAUGUGACCUACGCCCUCAGGAAGUACGGAUACUACAGGAACAGCGUGAUCAUCUACUCCACCGACAACGGAGCCCAGCCUUUCACCGGAGGGAGCAACUGGCCGCUACGAGGCAGGAAGGGCACGUAUUGGGAGGGCGGGGUGCGUGGCGUGGCGUUCGUCCACAGCCCGCUGCUGAAGCGAAGGAGGCGGGUCUCCAGAGCUCUGCUCCACAUCACAGACUGGUUCCCCACACUGGUGGGACUGGCCGGCGGCAACAUAACCCAGAGCCAAGGUCUGGACGGGUUUGACGUUUGGCCCGCCAUCAGCGAGGGGAAGGAGUCUCCACGAAAAGAGAUUCUCCACAACAUCGACCCGCUGCACAAACAUCCGACUGAAUCCAAGAGCCGGGACGACAAGCCCGGAAAGAAAGCAGCUGCAGAAAGCCCGUCCAAAGGAGCAGCGUUUCAAAACCCCAAGAAGAAGCAGAAGAAAGUUCUGAAGCAGAAACUGGAUAAAAAGUCUGGAUUCAAGUUAAAAACCACCAAGAAACCUCAGAUUUUUUCCCAUGAGGCUGCAAAGAAAUCCAAGCCUGUUCCCAAGCUGAAGCUGAAGUCUGGCCCAAAAGCCAAGACAAAACCAGAACCAGAGCUGCAGCCUGGAAUCCAGUCCGGCGGAGCUCCAUCUGGCACUUUCCACCGCAAAUCCAAAACCAAAUCCAAGAGAACCACGUCACAGAACCACAACCUGUCCCAGUCCAGAUCGGCUCACACCAAACCAAAGAAACCACUCAAAGAGCAGCGAACGCCAAAACCCAAGCAGACCUUCGUCCAGAACCAGAACACAUCUCAGUUUGGAACCCCGACACCACCUCAGCUGUGGGACACGUCUGUCCAGGCCGCCAUCCGGGUCGGAGACUGGAAGCUGCUGACCGGAGAUCCGGGUCACGGAGACUGGGUCCCUCUACAGAUGCUUCCCACUCUUCCCGGCCGCUGGUGGAACCUGGAGCGUUCCUCCUCGCCGCUCUCCAAGCCGCCCAGCCUGAAGACCGUCUGGCUCUUCAAUAUCAGGUCCGACCCGUUCGAGCGGCGGGACCUGGCGGAGCAGAGGCCAGACGUGGUCCAGCAGCUGCUGGAGCGGCUCGCCCACUACAACCGGACCGCCGUGCCGGUGUACUUCCCCCCCGACGACCCGCGGGCCAACCCCAGCCGGAACGGCCAGGCCUGGGCGCCCUGGGCGGAUGGAGAGGAGGAGGCAAAAUAUCAGGGAGUUUACAAGAAAGGUAAGAACGCCAAGAAGAAGAAGAAGAAGAAGUGCCGGCUGUGCAAGCUGAAGUCGUUCUUCCUGAAACUGAACACGGGGAUGAUGUCCAACGGCAUCUGAGGGCCUGAAGUAACACCAGAGACUCCGAUUUAUAGUUUUUAUUCAAAAUGUCUGUUAUUUUAUGUCCAGGGUGGAUUAAAAAUGAGAUGUGAUCUGGCCAUUUGGACCUAUAACGGGUUGGUUCACUCAAAUACCUGAGCUUAAAAGACGGUUUAAUGUUUCGCAUAUAAAUAGAAAAUACUCAAAAAGUUUAUUUACCUCUGUCAAUCAGAUCAAAAUGUGUGAAAUAUUUCAGACAUUUAUUUCUGUUUAUCAUGAUUAUAAACCCAAACAAUUAGUUUCUCAGAAAAUCUGACCCAAUUUGUAAUGUCAGCCUACUGAAACGUACGUCCAAUUACAGUAUUUGGUUGGGACGUCCACAAUUAGCAGAAAACAGUGAUGGACACACGCUGGCUAAUGCGCUAAUAGCAGAGCUAACUUUCUGUUUAGCGUUUUGGCUAACUUUGAAAACAUUUAGCAAACUUAGCUUCCUCCAAGCAAGCUAAGUGUAAACUAUUUUGCAAACUUUCAGUUGAAUAAAGUUCAGUAUCUUUGUUGGAAAUUUUGGUAACAAUUCUUCAAGUAAUUAAAACCUUUAUUUUCAUGCUCUUAUUUAGAAGUGUUUACGAAGCAGUUCCGUUUCCUCUAUUUCUACGAUAACUAUUUAAAAGAAGAAACAUACAGAAACAAAAAACACGGACAGUAGACGACGUGGCAUAGACUAACUCACUCACUCUUUGGUUGCCUAGCAACGACCUGCUGGGUAACCUAGCAACAAGCUGUUGCGUAACUGGCGCAGCAGCAGUUUAACGUUUCACCACUCUGUCUGCAUAAAACUGCUUAAAAAUAAAUAACGCCGCGGAGAGAAAACUAGAUAAAACAGGAAGGGUCACACCACCAGUUUGGCAAUAUUUCAGAUAUUUAAAACAAAAAAACCUAAUCAAUAACUAUCUACAUUGACUGAUAUGAAACGAUUAUAUCGCGAUACGUUUUUCAGACAUAUCGUCCAGCUCCAAGUAGAAGAAAUAUUUAGUUGUGUGAAUUGAUCCUCUGGAGAUUAAAAACUACCUUUUAGUCUUGAAGAUGUUUUCUAAGGUCUAUAUUGUAAUUUUAUCUUAUAAAAUGUUUUUUUUUUAAUGUACCGCUCGUUUUAUUUUGAUCUGUAACUUAAACCCCGACAGAGUUUGUGGUUCAUGAACUGACACUGUGUGGUACCGACGUGUGGUUUUGACACCAAAUUCAACUGAUUAAUGAUGUUUACCUGAACCAGACGAUCAUGAAUUCAAGCAGUUUUGUUUAUUUUUGCACAUUUCAUUCCUUCCCUCCCACCAGGAGUGAAUUUAGGUUCAUGUUUUUAUCCGGAUUCUGGUUUUAAUCGCUGUUUACCGUAAGACGCCUGGCUGUUGUUCUCCAUGUAUGCAUGCUCAGAGUUUACAGCUGAAUGUUCGUCUCGGUUCUGGAAGCUGAAUCGGAUCUUUACAUGUGCAAUGUUUAACCAAAGCUCAUUUUAAGGUUUUCUCCUUAUUCGUCCUAAAAAACUUCAACAGAUUUAUUAUUUUUUAUUCUGUAGCAGUCUGAAUGUAUCAACCAAAAUUUAUUUUAACUAUGAAUUUAAAGUGUUAAUUUAAAAUUUGUGACUGUGAACAACAUAAAUGUCAUUUAAUCUUGUUUUCCUGAAUGUUUUCAGCGUAUAAAAGCCUGAAAUUAUCCAUUACCAACCAUCAGUGCAUCGGUUGGUUAAUUCAUUAAAACUGAAUGCAGUUUAUGAGUUGAAUAUGAUGUUUUAAAGGCAGUAAAAGGUUUGUGAGCAGUAAACAUAAAUAAAUAUAAAUUAAAUGCUA